AUGGCAUGUUAUGAAAGUAAAAGCAAAUACAUAAGAAAAGCAAAAAGUGAAUAAGUAUAAAAAGAAUGACAAAUUUAGAUACCCUGGUCUUGGGAUGGAAAAGAUUCAAAAGUAUGGUAAGAAAUGAAGAGAUUAUAUUGUAAAAUGUGA